UAUAGAUACAUAUAGCAGUACAACAAAUGUUUUUCCAAAAUCUGAAAUUUCUCUUUUCUAAAAUCUGAAAUUUAAAAUGCUGAUCUGGAUAACCUACCACUCAUAUACGUAUCCUCUGGUUAUUCCAGAGAAUCCAACUAUUCAAAACGUCAAAGAAGAAAUUAGAGACGAGAAGUACCUUAAAUUUGCAGUGGAGGACCAACAGCUAUUCUGCAAUAGAAUCCUGCUGGAAAAUGGAAAAAGAGUUGAAGAUUAUGGAAUUACAUCUGAUUCUCUCAUCUUUCUUCGUGUUAUUAGGCGUGUGCAGAUUGAUUAUAACUUAAUGACGUUUAAUGUGAUGAAUUGGGAUGAUGAAAGGGUUUUGGAACUCAAAACCAGAGUUGCACGCGUGACCAGUAUUCCAUUGGAGAGGCUGGAGCUGCUUUACAACGAUAAAGAGUUGCAAAAUGACGAAAAAAUCUCGACUCUCACCGCUGGGGAUACUGUUUUUGCUGUUAUGAAAUUUGGAGUUCAGAUUUAUGGACUAAAACGCAUAUACAGUUUAACAGUCCAUAAGAUGAUGAGAGUUGCAGAAUUGAAGCAGAAACUUCAUAGUCAGUAUGCUCUUGAUGACACAAAACUGAAACUGGUUCUUGGCGAUACGUCGAAAACUUUUCUUGACGAUCGUGCUUCUUUGGAUGCUUAUGACAUUGAAAAAGAUGGAACUGUUCUUCAUGCAAUUGGUGGUGGAGCUUAAGUAGAUUUAUGUUAGUUCUAUUCUUUUAGCAUUAAACCUACCGUUACUUGUUAGUUAUUACUUAUUAGUUCAUUAAUAAAUAUUGAGGUACCCUUUAUUUUUAAAAUCAUUGAAGAAUUCACCUUCAAACCA